AUGUUAGAACAAGGAAUAAUUUUUAUCGGAUACAUUAAGCUUAUCAACGUGGCAGUUCCUGGGACAAUUGACGAACGGGCAAUCAAUACUAACAGUGUACUCAAUCCUUGGGAAAGAAAUGAAAACCAUACCUUAUGUCUCAACUCUGCCAAGGCUAUUGGCUGUACAGUGGUCGAUAUAGGCACCCAAGACUUCAUUGAAGGAAGGCGUCAUCUCAUGCUUGGGGUGAUUUCUCAAAUCAUUAAGGAUGUGGAGGAGUUGAUGAGUCUACCACCAGAGAAGAUCUUGCUUCGGUGGAUGAAUUUUCAGCUGAAAAAAGCAGGAUUCAAGAAAACCGUCUCAAACUUUUCUUCUGAUGUAAAGGAUGGAGAAGCUUAUUGUCACGCCCCGCCUAUGGAGGUUACGCCACGCAGGCGACACGCAGAUGCUGAGUUGGACGCUGCAUGGCAUGGGAGUUUCUAGAGUAGUCUAGAGUUGUGUGGAAGAUUCUAGAUAUGCGUAGAAAUGUGUAGAAGUGUGUGGAAGGUUCUGGAGUUCUCCAGAAUUGUGUGGAGUAGUAUGGAGAGUUCUAGAAUGUUAUAGAUACUUGUGGAUAAGUAUGGAAGUGUGAAGAAGGUGGGAGAAAAUUCUAGAGAAUCGAUCCCCACCAUGGGUUAAAGUGCAUCCUAGCCAUCCAUUAGGGAUAGGGAUGCCUAUAAAUAGGAGUGGGAUUUCAUUUUGUAGACAACAAGUCCUAGAAGUGAGUUUGAGAGCUUUGUAGAGAGUUUGAGAGCUAGUCUUGUACAAAGCAUUCUUUGAAGUAAUAAAAGUGUUCUUUCCUUGCCAACUUAAGUGCCUUAGUGUGUGUGAGUGUGCAAGGCCACUACAACACUAGUAAAAUGUU